AAUAUAUUAAAAUAGAAAACAGUUAUUUUAAAUAGUACAAAUAUUUCAAAAUUUUACCAUUUUUGUUGUACUUUGUUGUACUUUGGUGAGCAGAAGAGACUUCUUUAAAGGAAUUACAAAUCUUACGGUUCAAAAACUUUUGACUGGUAAUUUAAAAUAUGAAUAAAUACUAUAAUAGUAUACAAAAAUACUAAAAUAACACUGCAUUGGAUAAAAAUUUCAAAGCUGUUGUUGAAGAUUUAAGAAACUGGUUGCCAGGGUGAAACAGUCAAUUACAUUACUUAGCCAUUAUACAAAGAUAUCUGAUCGCAGAAUGCCUCGACCAACCAAUCAGAAUCAAGUAUUUCAGAGAGCCUUGUAAUAUAUGAGUAUAGACUACAUAAGCAGUUCUUGUCAUCAGUUCUGUGUGAGUGUUUAAAUGAUCCCGCAGCUGUCAGAUCACGCACCUGGCAUCCUGCCUCUGAUCUUUAACCCCAAACCUGACAGCUGAAGGGGCCAAUGUAUGUGUGUGUGUAUGUGUGUAAAAAGAGGGAGAGAAAAUCUCAUAUCAGUCACUGUGCCUGAAAAAACAUUUAUCUGCAAGAUAGAGGCGUUAUUUAAAUCUUCUCACAGUAAAAGAAUUAGGGCGGGUUUCGGGGGAAACAGAACAAUUUACAUACAAAUCUCAGAAGAUAACCUUUGCAUGUUAGAUAGCAACUAGUGGAGAGUGUUUGAACAAUUCUAUCACGAUUAUGCUUGUUUUCCAUACCCUCUGUGCUAGUACAUGGCGGCGUGUUGUGUAUGGAAGUUAUAAGUGAAUGAACACCAAGUGUGUACUCUUUGUACUUGUUCAAUAUAGUCUCCAAAGUCUGAAGUCUUAAUUUUGAUCUUUGACUUGGUUGACGACCAGCAGCAACGGCACACUGAGUGACAUUUUGAGUCAGCAGUACUUAAAACGCUGUAGUGUUUCAGUUCGCAAGUCUGACGACACCUGUUUACAUCUCGUAAAUCUUUUACAGGGUGUCAAGUAGCUCCUGGGGUUUUUUUAAAAAAGGAAUGAAGGGUGCUGCUGCCCAGGAGGCGGGGCCAGGCAAUGGUGACCCUUCGCUUCCUCAGGUCUAUGCCCCGCCUCCUUCCUAUCCCCCACCUGGACAAGGCCCACCCACACCUGCUGCCCGGCUGCCACCCCUCGAUUUCAGUGCUGCUCACCCAAACUCUGAAUAUUCAGAUCAUCAUCAGCUGAGAGUCUAUCAGGGCUCUCAGCAUGACGGGACGGAGUCUAUAACUGCCAAUAACACGGAUGAAUCAUUAGCGCCUGUCGCAUCUGACCCACAGUCUCUAAGUGUUUCUGUGGCAUCUGGAAGUGCAACAGGAAGUGGAACUGAGGAGGAAGGAGCUGGGAAAGCUCAACCCAAAAGGCUCCAUGUUUCCAAUAUCCCUUUUAGGUUUCGGGACCCAGACCUUAGGCAGAUGUUUGGGCAAUUUGGCAAGAUUCUAGACGUGGAGAUCAUCUUUAAUGAGAGAGGAUCAAAGGGUUUUGGAUUUGUGACAUUUGAGAGUGCAGUUGAAGCAGAUCGAGCGAGAGAGAAGCUCAAUGGCACGAUCGUCGAGGGAAGGAAGAUUGAGGUGAACAACGCCACAGCGAGGGUGGUAACAAAAAAGCCUCAGACGCCAUUAGUGAAUGCUGCUGGGUGGAAAAUCAAUCCAGUAAUGGGAGCCAUGUACGCCCCUGAACUUUACACAGUCGCCAGCUUUCCUUACCCUGUUCCCACGCCGACUUUGGCCUACAGAGGCUCUGCCCUCCGUGGACGUGGUCGGGCAGUUUACAAUACAAUCCGCUCCGCUGCAGCCACCGCCACACCAGCUGCAGUACCAGCCUAUCCAGGAGUGGUGUAUCAAGAUGGAUUGUAUGGUGCCGAGGUUUAUGGAGGAUAUCCAGCCACAUAUCGAGUGGCCCAGUCCGCCUCAGCAGCUGCAACAGCCACAUACAGUGAUGGAUACGGAAGAGUCUAUGCCACAGCAACAGACCCCUACCAUCACUCAGUUGGACCCACCACCACUUAUGGCGUUGGAACAAUGGCAAGUUUGUACCGUGGAGGCUACAACCGCUUUACUCCAUACUGAUUGAACUGAUGUCUGACAAAUGAAGAGACUUUCACUUGCUGUGUGAACUGCUGUCUGCUGAGGAACCAUUUGAUCUUGAGAUUGUAAAUACUGCUGAUAUUUAUUGGGGAAGAAACAGAUGAAUCCAAGCUGAAAAUAUAAUUAAUUAUAUUUAAGGACUUUUAUUUAAUUCUUAAUUUAAGAAAAUACCCCAUUCAAAAACAAUCUGUUUGUACUGAACGUUAUGUACAGUACAUACAGAUACUUUCAUUAUAUAGUGGCAUGAUAUGGAAGUCAUCACAUAGAAGUUAUCAUAUAGUAAUUGAGUCCCAAAACACAAAUUUUAUUACAACAUCUGGAUCUGUUGCACUGCCGAUAUACACUGAUCGAUAAAGACAGACCUCUAGUGGAACUUCUCCCAGACUGAAAAGUGCAAAACUCUGAACCUGUCUAGUAUGUGUAGGACUGUGUGCGUGUUGGAGUGUCUUUGGAGUGUUUGAGUGGGUGUGUGUAAUUUUUCUGCUGCCACAAGCAAUACUGUGAGAUACAGCAAUGGCACUGGGGUGGAUGGUACAGUAUGUUUUCUCUCAAUGUAAUCUACCUCUGAGCUAAACACCUUUUUAUUCUAAACUAAUGCAAACUAUUCAUCUGCUUUCCUGUGGAGCUUCUUCAAAACCUUUUUUUUUUUACAAAAACUUCUGGUGCUUUCCAUCCAUUCUGGUGAUUUCAUUUGAGUGAUUUCCUGUCAAGUCACGAUGUUCAGUAUUUGCGGUCCACUCUGUCUUUUUUUUUUUGUCCUUAGUGUUCUGCUGUCAUACUUCUGUAUUCUUUAUUCUUUUCUUUUGCUGCUUAAACUCCUUUCAUGCUUAUUUUAACCUGUUUUGCGCUUUACUUCCUUUUACUUUGCUUUCAAAUAAUUUAUUCUUUCUUAACCAAGGCUAUGUGCAUUAAUUACAUCUGGUUAAGAUCAUUUUUAAAUGCAAAAAUUUCUCAAUCAAAAAUGAAUCAGCAUUUAUUUUGAAGACUAUUUAGAUCUGUCAUCUCUAAGAAACUCUUCUGUGCCUUUCGUUCUUUCUUUCUUUUCUUCCUCGUUCUCUUUUUCUUUCUUUCUUUCUUUCUUUCUUUCUUUCUUUCUUUCUUUCUUUCUUUCUUUCUUUCCUUCUGUCCUUUUUUCUUUCUUUCUUUUCUUCCCUUUUUCUUUCUUUCUUUCUUUUGUUGUCUGCAUUGCUUGUUUUCUUCUACUACUAAACUUCCUCCUUUAGUGCCUCUAUUAUUAUUAUUAGUAGUUUUUCCCCCCCCUUUUUUUUUACUUACUCUCUGAUUUAUUCUAGUUUCCAUUUCUCUUCAUGUUUUAUCUCUGUUUCAUUCCUCUGUGGGCUGAUUUCACUUUACUCAUGCAAAUUUCUGUAAUCUAGUAAUCUGUGACUCUUCUUUCACUUUAAAGAUCAGUUUAAAUCCACAUUCAGAACAAAAAUUCACAUAUAAUGUACUCACCCCCUUGUCAUCCAAGAUGUUCAUGUCUUUCUUUCUUCAGUUGUAAAGAAAUUAUGUUUUUGUAUGUUGUUUGAACUUCCAAAAUGUAGUUUAAAUGUGGCUUCAAACGAUCCCAAAUGCGGAAGAAAGGUCUUAUCUACCAAAAUGAUCGGUUAUUUUUAUAAAAAUAAUACAAUUUAUUUACUUUUUAAUGUCAAACGCUUGUCUUGUCUCGCUCUGUCUGAACUGUUUUGUUCCGGUUCAUGACAGUUUGGGUAUGUUGAAAAACUCCCAUCUCAUGUUCUCCCUCAACUUCAAAAUCCUCCUAUAUCGCUGUUUGACCUUUUUUGUUGAUGGUGUUUGAUCUUCUUUGCAUGUUUACUUUGCAAAGACUGGCUCAGUACUUCUGCAGCGAUGUAGGAUGAUUUUGAAAUGAUUUUUGAAGUUAAGGGAGAAAAUAGGAUUGUUUUUCGACAAACCCUAACUGUCUUAAACUAGAAUACACAGGGAGAGCAAGACAAGACAAGUAUUUAAAUUGUAUUUUGUAAAUGAAAAUAACUGUUUAAAAAACAUAAUUUCUAUACGGCUGAAGAAAGAAAGACAUAAACAUUUUGGAUGACAAGGGUAAAUUGUUUGUUUAUUCUGUAAAUUUUUGUUCUGAAAGUGGAUUUAUCCUUUAACUCUCAAGGCUUAUUACUUAUUCUUGUAACUCAUUUCCUACUAAUCUUGCCCCUUGGGUGCUUUUCGUUUACUGUCUGCUUUCUUUUCUCCUUUCUGUUCUUUUGUCUUACAUUUUCUUUCUGUCCUAUAGUCCCUUUCUUCUUUUCUUCUGCAUCUGUUAUGCUUUAGAUUUCUCUGCAUUUCUUGUAGUGUUCUGUGUAGAGUUUAUUUAAUUUCUUUAGUUCAUUUAAUCCUUUCCUUCACUUUUUUCUCUCUCUCUUUCUACUAGACAGCUUGAUUAUUUUAUCUCACAGCUAUUACAGGACCCCAUGAUGUCAUUGCUGUAUCAUAUAUAUAUAUAUAUUUUUCUUUUUCUUUUUCAACUCACUAAAGUGUAAGCUACUCUGUGGCUGAAUUGUACAUUAAAGCAGUUUAAUUAAGAUUUUUGUCUGAUCAUUUAAGAACAUUAGUUGUUGCAUUGGAAAAAUAACAACAGAUAAUGCUUCUUCUGAGAAGAUGAAGUCUGAAAAUGUUACACCUAUUAAACCUAGGGACUUUUCCCACACA